GCAGAAAGAAGAUACUUCAUUAGAAGAGGGACAAGUCAUGAAUUCUAAGGAUCGGUGUGUGCAACUAAGUGAUGGACACUUCAUCCCUGUCCUGGGCUUUGGCACCUAUGCACCUCAAGAGGUACCCAAAAGUAAGGCUACGGAGGCUACCAAAAUAGCUAUAGAUGCUGGGUUCCGCCAUAUUGAUUCUGCAUAUAUGUAUCAAAAUGAAGAGGAAGUAGGACUGGCCAUCCGAAGCAAGAUUGCAGAUGGCACUGUGAGAAGAGAAGAUAUAUUCUAUACUUCAAAGCUUUGGUCUACUUUUCAUCGUCCAGAGCUGGUCCAAACUUGUUUGGAAAGGUCACUGAAGAAACUUCAAUUUGACUAUGUAGACCUUUAUCUCAUUCAUUUCCCAGUGUCCCUGAAGGCAGGAGAGGAUUAUUUUCCAACAGAUGAACAUGGAAAAUUAAUAUUUGACUAUGUGGAUAUCUGUGCCACCUGGGAGGCCAUGGAGAAGUGCAAGGACGCAGGAUUGGCCAAGUCCAUUGGGGUGUCCAACUUUAAUCGCCGGCAGUUGGAGAUGAUCCUGAACAAACCAGGGCUUAAGCACAAGCCUGUGUGCAACCAGGUAGAAUGCCAUCCCUAUUUCAACCAGAGCAAACUCCUGAAUUUCUGCAAGUCAAAGGACAUUGUUCUGGUUGCCUACAGUGCACUGGGAAGCCAUCGAGAAAAACUAUGGGUAGACCAGAACUCCCCAUUUAUGUUGGCGGAUCCAGUUCUUGGUUCCUUGGCAAAAAAAUACAAACGCAGUCCUGCCCUGCUUGCCCUCCGUUACCAUCUGCAGCGUGGGGCUGUGGUCCUGGCCAAGAGCUUCACUGAGGAACGGAUCAAAGAGAAUGUGCAGGUUUUUGAAUUCCAGUUGACUACAGAAGACAUGAAGGUCAUUGAUGGCUUGGACAAAAAUCUUCGGUAUUUGUCUGCUAAAAUUUUUGAUGGUCACCCUAAUUUUCCAUUCUCUGAUGAAUACUAACAUGGAGGCCUGUUCUAUGCCGUCUGCUGGGAACUCUGUAGGUGGACAGAGCAACGGAGGGUUCUUGGAGCUGAAGAGCAGACACUCACUCACCUUUAAUCCAUGCUGUUUGCAAG